AUGAGUCUCCUAGACCAACUGAAGAAACAAAAAUCCAAACUCGCCCACACCGAAACCGUUGUCAAAACAGUUGACGGCAAAAUUGUGCACGAAAACUUUGUCGGCAACACUUUCACAAAUCGGUUGACAACAAGCUCACAGCCCGGCUACAUUGUUGACAACAAACCAGACCUGCAGAUUGCGAAAAUCACAGAUCACCUGUUCAUGGGAUCACAGGACGUGGCAUGUGACAGAGACCUGCUAGCUGUGAACAAUGUGACGCAUGUGAUUAGUUUGGGUGUAGAUGUGAACAAGUUCCCCGGUAUAGGCUACACGUAUGUUGAUGUUUUAGAUGUUCCCGAGUUUGAUAUACGGAGUGUAUUUGGUGAAGUUUUUGAGGUUAUAGAUGGGGUGAUUCGCAAAAAAGGUGUAAUUGAUGAAGUUUUUGAGGUUAAAGAUGGGGUGAUUGGCAAAAAUGGUGAAGUUUCUGAAGGUAAAGGUGAAGCUUUUAAAGGUAAAGAUAGUAUAAUUAGUGAGAAAGGGAAGUGUAGGCGAAAAUAG